UAGUCGAUGAUCGGAGGGAUUAAAAAAAAAACCUAUUCUCCUGAUAUGGUCUACUCUUGUGGGUGGUGGGUAGGAACAAUUCCCAGUGUUCUCAGAUUGGAAUCCCAUUGACUCUACCAUGGCCACGCCCUCUGAUCCUUCCAACCAAGAAGCUGUUGUAAGAAGGAGAAACAACGGACCCCCUAUUAAGUUCCUCCUUCCUCUCAUAUAUGCCCCUGUUCUCCCUCUAAUUCGUCUAUCGCUGCGGCAUAAACCCGUCUUGAGAGAUCGCUUGUUUACUGCUGUGUUGGCUGGGGCCUUUGCUCAUGGCUUCUAUUUGGUAACAGAUCUGUAUGAUAUUGAGAGCAAGUGAUUAAGCAGAGCAUGUUUCAGACAUUUCAUCGGCAUCAUUUACAUCACAACCUCAGGUCUUCAAUAAAUUUCUUCGACCACUAUUUACAGCUAAACAUUCUGGUAAUGCCUUAAAUAGCAUUGGUCGAUUUUCAAGAUGUAAGAAUAUUUUUUUCAAUUAUAUUGACAGAUUAUUAUGUUAUGUACGCCUUAUAGUUGCAUCUUGUAUUGCGGAUUUUGCUUUCUCUAGAAUAACUAUGGAAUUCGGAGGCUGUUCUUUGAUCUUUUUUUUCUCUCUUGAUAUCAAUGCUAUUUCUUGUCAGCUUGAUGUUGAUUUCUGUAAUAAUUAGAUGGUCUAAGUGGAUUCAGAGGAUCAAUAUGCAUGUCCUUUAUCGCCAUGGAUAAUCUUGUUCA